CAGGCAUGCAAUAUAUAUAUAUAUAUAAACCCAACUAGACUCAAUCAACUCAUAACUUCAACCCCAACAUUCACAAACAUUUCAAUUUCUCUCUCCAAUUCUCAUAUUCACUAAUUAAUCUAAGGAGUUGAAGGCCCGGAAAAUGAACAGGCCAGGGGACUGGAACUGCAGGUCCUGCCAGCACAUGAACUUCCAGCGCCGCGACUCCUGCCAGCGCUGCGGCGACCUCCGGCCCGGCGGCGACAUCUCCUACGGGGCUCGGCUCGGCUUCACCACCGGCCCCGAUGUCAGGCCCGGCGACUGGUACUGCGCCAUCGCCAACUGCGGCGCCCACAACUUCGCCAGCCGCUCCAGCUGCUUCAAGUGCGGCGCCUUCAAGGAAGACUUCAUCAUCGGCGCCGGCGCCGGAGCCGAGACCGAAUUCCCCAGGAGCCGCGGCUUCGGAUUCGGCGGCGCCGGCGCCGGCGGCGCGGCGCGGUCCGGAUGGAAAUCCGGCGAUUGGAUUUGCAAUAGGUUCGGGUGCAACGAGCAUAACUUCGCGAGCCGGACCGAGUGCUUCCGGUGCAAUGCGCCGAAGGAAUCUGCCAGCAAAGCUUCCUUCUGAUCAUUGGACAAUCCACGUGUUUGUUUGGCUACGUUUCUUUGUUGAGAAGGCGAAUAUUUAGAGGGAAUCAAGAUUGAAGAGGAGAAAGGGAAUGGUUUUUGGUGUCUCUCAUUAGCUAUUUUUAAUUUUUAAUUUUAUUUCAUUUUGGUGUCGUAGGGAUUAGAGUUAAUUUAGGUUAUUUAUGUUUGCAAAUUCAUGUUGGUACAUUUUUCUUUUUAUUUUCGAUUUUAAUUUCCUUGAGUUUGUGAGGUUUAAUUUAAGUUUUAUAUAUUAACUAUCAAUUAGUAUGCAUUAUGAUAUAUACAUAUAUAUGGUGUUGUGUGUCUUGUAGGUUUAUUGAAAUCAAUUAUAAUAUCAGCGUGUUUGGAGA